GUUUGCUAAUUGUUGUGACAUUCGAUGAAGAAAAAAUGAACGAACAUCUGCCGUUUCUGGUGGACUAUGCCAAAUCUGGGCGAUCCAAAUGCAAAGGAUGUAAAAACUCAGUGGAAAAGGGCUCGUUGAGAAUCGCGAAAAUCGUUCAGGUUCAAUAGAAUAUGCAUGCAAUGGCGUUGUUCUUGCGCUGCUAAAGCUUUCUUCUUGGAAUAACAACAAAUGCAAAAUUUCUGACUGAACAUUGUUUGGAUGACGAUUAUUCACACCUUCCGGCAGUGAAAAAAGUAACCCAUACCACGAUGGAGUGAUGUCCACUUGGUUCCACAGGGAAUGUUUCUUCGCAAAAAACCGUCCAACAUCAAUAACUGAUUUGGAGAACUUUGAUAACAUCCGCUGGGAGGAUCAAAACUCCCUUAAAUCACGAAUUGAAUCGCCAACUACUUCCUCGUCUUCUAAAGAUUGUAAAAACAACAAUUUGAAACGAUCAUUAAGAGCCAUUCAACCGGAAUUUUCGAUCGAGUUGGCUGUCUCAAACCGUUCGAAAUGUGUCGGCCGCGACACACCAAUUCUCAAAAAUUUGGCCAGAAUUGGGAAGCUGGACACCGAAAGUGAACUGGGAGCCAGGUACGAAGGCAUUGUCCGGUGGUAUCAUCCUGAGUGUUUCUUGGAGCUUCGAGAAUCGUUGAAUUUUUUUGCGUCGGGGGAUACAAUAUCUGGUUUCCAAGCUCUCCCAGAGGACACUAAACUCGCCAUAAUCAACCAACUUCCAGCAAUUGAUGCCCCCAAUGAGCCCCCACCCACAAAAAAAGCAAAACCAGAUCCUUUAGAUGAAAAAAAAGAACAAAAAAUUAAGGAGCAAAAUGAGAAGCUCUUCGAUCUUCACGACCAACUCGCGACUCUAAAAAAAGGUGAUCUAAAAAUCCUGUUACUGUACAACAAUCAACACCAACCAAAGGGCGAAUCAGAAAUGCUCACUGCGCUCUCGGACGCUCUUCUCUUCGGAGCGUUAAAACCUUGCAAGAAGUGCUCUGGAGGCUUUCAACUUGUCUCUGGAGUCGGGUACAAGUGUCAAGGCGCCUUCAGCGAAUGGACAAAGUGUGAUGAAGUUACUCAACUCCCCGAGAGAAUGGCAUUCGAAAUACCGCAGGAAUUCAGAGACAAGAUCCCAUUCUUGGCCGACUACGAGCCAACGGUGGGGCAUCGUAUACUACGAACGGUAGCGUCCUCUGACGUAAGCGUCCUGCCACCUCAGGUGGAGCCCUCAGGGUCACUGGUGGACCCCCGUCCAAUGCCGCUCAAAGGAAUGCAGUUCUUCAUCGCGGGUAAGAAACCCAGAGACAAAGAUAAUCUCAGGCGGGAUAUAAUGCGUCUCGGGGGACAGGUGGUAAUGAAGGUCCAGAGAAACCUGGCAGCUGUGAUUACCGAGCCAGGAAUCUGCAUGGUAUACCACAAAUGCUUCGAGGAGGCUGAGAAAUACGACAUUCAAGUUGUGACUGAAAAUUUUGUUGCUGAAGCUAAGGAUUGCAAGGUCCCGCCGAUCUCUCUCAUAUAUAGAAGGAAUAUAGCGGAUUGGGGCGGUGAUAUCGCCACGAGAAUUGGCAUUGAUUCCGAGUCCUCAUCUACGGGGAAGAGCUCCUCCAGAAAAAUCGAAUUGGAAGCUAGAGGCGGGGGGAUUGUCGAUCCUGACAGUGGCCUUCAAAAGGUGACGCACGUCUAUGAAGAGGGCGAGAAUAAAUACUCGGUCACCCUCGUUAAUACCGAUAUACAAUCAGAGAAGAGUAGUUUUUACAAAAUCCAGGUCCUCAGACAUAAUUCUCAGCGGAAAUUUUAUCUCUUCAGGAGUUGGCGGAAGAUGGGUAUGGAGACUAAGGAGAAGAUGGUUGAUAAUAUAUCUCGGCAAAACUCUAUAUUUGUUUUCAAGAAAUUGUACGAAGAGAAAACUGGAAACUCGUACGAUUCUCGGGAUUCUGUAAAGAAGAAACCGGGGAAAAUGUAUCCAAUGGACAUCACAGGUGGUCAGGAUGGAGAUGAGCAUUCAGGAUAACUGCCAUUACCACCCGGCUAAGCUGAAGGAAUUCGUGCCAAAUCUCAUGAAAUUUAUCUUCGAUGUGGGCCUGAGGAAGAACGUCAUGAAGGAGUACGAACUCCUUCCACUAAAGAUGGAGACAAGGUACCCUGUGGGAGAAAAAUAAAAUGGAAAUACUAUCGUGAAAGAGGUGGUUCCACGAUGAGUUUAUUAUUUAUGGUGUGAAUUUUGUGUAUUGAAUGAAUGAUUAAGAAUAAUUAGGAUUAGGAUGCCAUUUAUAUUUUUACAGAAAAAUUUAUAGCUGAUUAAAAAUGAUUCAUUUUUGUAUUA